CUCUCAAGUUUCUCUCUGAUAUAAGUGAGUGUCCAUCCCCUGUAUGAGGUUCUCUAGACGAGCUUACUGGAAAAGUGAAAACCACAGCGAAACAGUUAUUUCCACAGAAAAGUAAAAGUGCUUUUUGUUUCGAUUUGUUUUGAAAAGACACGUCGAAUAUGUCGCCGCGGCUGGAAACAGUGCCGCAGGAGAAGCUCGAGAAACCGAUAAAAGGAGUCAAUGCUGUGCUCCUGGGACCGCCUGGUAGCGGCAAAGGCACUCAGGCUCCACUGUUUAAAGACAGAUACUGUGUGUGUCACUUGUCUACAGGUGACAUGCUCAGAGCUGAAAUUCAGUCUGGCUCUUCCCUUGGUGCUGAAAUCAAAAAGGUAAUGGAUGAGGGCAAAUUGGUUCAUGAUGACCUAGUAGUCAACAUGAUCGAGAACAAUUUAGAAAAACCAGAGUGUAAACAAGGCUUCUUGCUCGAUGGCUUUCCAAGGAACGUCACUCAAGCGCAGAAACUUGACAACAUGCUUAGUAAGAGGAAAGCAAAACUCGACGCAGUGGUAGAGUUCGGCAUUGACGACAAUAUGUUGAUUAAAAGAAUCACUGGCAGGCUGAUACAUCCCGCCAGUGGCAGAUCCUACCACGAGGAAUUUGCGCCGCCCAAAGUCCAUAUGAAAGACGAUAUCACCGGAGAACCUUUGAUCAAGAGGUCUGACGACAAUGCGGAGGCUUUGAAGAAACGCCUAGUAACAUAUCACACGCAGACUCAACCGUUGGUCGACUAUUACGCUUUGCAAGGAAUCCAUUACUACGUCAACGCCGCACAAACUACCGAUAAGGUGUUCAAGGACAUUGAUCAGAUCUUCCUGAAAUCCACCAAGCAGCAGAAGAAGAAGAGUUUCUUCAAUUUUUUCUAGGGCAGAAGAAAGAGUAGUAGAAAGAAAAAGAGGGAGAGAGAAAGAGAGAGAAAGAGAGAGGAAGACAAAGAAAACCCUUCCAGAAUAUUGUGUUAACGUUGCGGGAAAUAAAUAUAAAUAAUCGCAAAUGCGUUAGCAUAAGAAUAAUAAUGUUUCGAGCCUCUAAUACGCUGAUUUCUGUCGAGGUCGAUCCCAAUGUAAAUCCCAAUAACACGAACGUCGCGUUUAUGCGCCGCGAACGAUAUAUCAUGUAGCAAUAUGUCAAA